GUUACUUGGCUGCUAGCCUUAAUAUUAGUAACAUGGCAGCUUCAGUGAACUUUUUAAAAAAGCUUUCAUCUGCUACCCACACAGUCUUUUUUGAGUCCCUUAGUCAAUCAGCAAGCAUGUUUGGAACAGUCCCCCAUGCGUUGCAAGGGCUCAUAUUGCAGAACAGUCGCGUAUGGGCAUUUGUAGUUAUAAAUAUUUGACCAUUCUCCAGGGGUGGGGUUUCCAACCCUUUAAGCAGCUCUGUUGCUGUUAUCAAGCUGGUUUUUUGCUCCAAGUGCCAGAAUUGAUUGCAGUAGGACAUCUCUUACUGAAAAAUAAAAUGGAGCAUAACGGGUCUGCUUCAAACGCUGAUAAAAUCCACCAAAAUCGUCUGUCGAGUGUCUCUGAAGAUGAAGACCAAGAUGCUGCUCUUACCAUUGUAACGGUGCUGGACAAAGUUGCCACUAUCGUGGACAGUGUGCAGGCAAGCCAGAAGAGAAUAGAAGAGAGGCACAGGGAAAUGGAAAAUGCCGUCAAAUCUGUCCAGAUUGACCUGUUGAAGCUUUCACAAGCACACAGCAACACGAGCUAUGUCAUUAACAAGCUCUUUGAGAAAACUCGAAAAGUCAGUGCUCACAUUAGAGAUGUGAAGGCCCGAGUGGAGAAACAACAGGUUCAUGUGACAAAAGUUGAAACCAAACAAGAGGAAAUAAUGAAGAAGAACAAAUUCCGUGUUGUAAUAUUCCAGGAGGAGCUUCGAUGUCCGACAUCUCUGUCUAUUGUCAAAGACAGAAACCUCACCGAGAAUCAGGAGGAAGAAGAAAAAGUCUUUGAUCCCCCGAUAGAGCUGUCUUCCGACGAGGAAUAUUACGUUGAAGAAAGCAGAUCUGCCAGGUUUAGAAAGUCAGGCAAGGAACGCAUUGAUCACAUCAAAAAGGCAUUUUCCAGAGAAAACAUGCAGAAGACAAGGCAGAAUUUUGACACCAAAGUGAACAGAAUUAGAACAAGAAUAGUGACGCCUGAGAGGAGAGAGAGGUUGAGACAGUCAGGGGAGAGGCUGCGGCAGUCAGGGGAGAGGCUGCGGCAGUCAGGGGAAAGAUUGAAGAAAUCUAUUUCUAAUGCUGCUCCCUCAAAGGAAGCUUUUAAGAUGAGCAGCCUUAGGAAGGCUAAGGACCGAACUGUGGCCGAAGGUCAGGAAGCAGGCAGGGAGAUGGGCGUGGAUAUCAUCGCCCGGAGCCCGUCUCUAGUCCCCAUCCCAGAGCUCCACACCGACGAGCUCAGUGAAACAGAGCAGGAGGAAGCCAGGGCAGGGUACACGGCCCAAGAAGGAGGGGAGAGUGCAACCCCUGAACCUUUAAAGGUUACUUUUAAACCUCAGGUGAGAGUAGAGGAUGAUGAAUCACUUCUGUUAGAUUUAAAGCAGUCCUCAUAAGGAGGAAUUCAAUAAAAAGGCUCAAUCAUGGAGUUUUAGUUUGCC